AUGAUGGAAGACGAUGAUACACCUAGUGAGCCUAGCGUUCUUCAGUACUCAGGAUCAGAUGACUUCCAACCUUCUGAUGAAUUUAGUUCAGAUGACUCUCGGCACUCUGGAAACCCUGAAAAUUCUGCUGGUGAUGGUGAUGGCGAAGGACAUGAUGAAAUGAUUCCAGUUGCUGUUCAAGAAGAGCCACCCAAAAGGACACGAAAACGUCAAAAAAGAGAAAGCAAGCGACAAAUUAGAAAGAAGCAAAGGAAUUCUGGUUCGUCCUAUAAAACAGAGAAAGGUGAUGAUGUUGAGGACAUUGGACUUCUGGAAGAGGUGGCUGAACCAGGCCGCCCAUAUGUGGAAUUGGUGACGCUGGUUGCUCUAUUUAUACAUAAGGUUGACACAAAUAUGAGGGAAUGUGUGACUGCUGAAGAAAGAAUACUCAUAACUCUAAGGUAUUUGGCUACAGGAUGUUCAUUUGUCGCUCUCUCUUUAUAUUUUGCAAGAGGCGAGAGUACAGUUGGAGUCAUUAUUAAAGAAACCAAGAAAAUCAUUUGGAAUGCAUUGCAAGCAACUUACAUGCCGGUACCAAUAGAUGACCAAUGGAAAAUAAUUGCCGAACGUUUUGAGACAUUGUGGAACUUACCAAAUUGCCUUGGGGCGUUAGACGGAAAGCAUAUCCGCAUUGAGAAAUAUCCAGAUACUGGUUCAGAAAAUUUUAACUAUAAAAGUUUCAAUUCAAUAAUCUUACUCGGAUGCUGUGAUGCUGGUGGUGCUUUCACUAUGAUAGAACCAGGAUAUGCUGGACGAAAUAGCGAUGGAGGUGUUUACAAGGUCAGUGCCAUGCGAUACUGGCUCAACCAUGGUGCUUUUCAAACUCCGCCACCCACCCCAUUGCGAUAAGACGACAUACAAAGACCAUUCCCUUACUACUUCUUGGCAGAUGAAGCGUUUCCACUAGCACGCAAUGUAAUGAGACCAUACAAUGGAAAAUCACU